AUGACCGGCCUUGACAACAAACCCGCCACCGCCUGCCCAGCCCUCGUGAAGACCCUCACCAAGACCCUCGCCAAAGUCACCUCCACCAUCACCGCCGCCUUCCCAUCCCUAAAGGUCAGGCAAACCGCCCGUCAACAGGGAUUCAGGGUCAUCGGGUCUGACUGGCCGCCGGUCCGCGCCAUGAGCGAGCAGGCAGUGGUCAGCAACCCCGCCGCAACCACCAGUCGAGUCGUUUCUGGUCCGGAGGAAGCGACGUUUGACGGCCAUGUUGUGAGAUCGACCAGUGUCAUCAGCAAGACGACCGGUCUUGUCUGGGUCAAGGCGACUUUUGUGAAGCGUCAACACACCAUGGCACCGUCAAGGGCCUUCACGACGGCAUUCCGCCGGCUGGCCUCCGUAUCUACCAUCCUCCAACGUCCGCAACACCGCUGUAUCUCCGCCUACGGCUAUGAACAAGCCAAGGUCCUCGCCAUUCAAUCCCUAGGCGAGCCCAAAGACGUCCUCCACCUCCACGGCCACUCCAUCUCCCCACCCCACGGCGACCUGUUGACCGUACGCUUCCUCGCCUCCCCCAUCAACCCAGCAGACAUCAACCAGAUCCAAGGCGUCUACCCUACGAAACCCACCUUCACCACCGCCCUCGGCACCUCCGAUCCGAUUGCGGUGGGCGGUAAUGAAGGUGUCGCUGAGAUCAUCGCCGCGGGGUCAGGAGUCAAGGGCAUGCAGAAGGGUGAUUGGGGGAUUAUGAAGAAGCAAGGCUUCGGGACUUGGCGGACGCACGCUCAAUGCAAGGCCGAUGAGCUGAUGGUGGUCAAGGACAAGAGUGGUUUGAAGCCGGAGCAAGUAGGAACUGUAUCCGUCAAUCCGAUGACGGCUUACAGGAUGCUCAAAGACUUUGUGCGGCUGAAGGAGGGGGAGUGGUUCGUCCAAAACGGGGCCAAUUCCGGUGUGGGGCGGGCAGCGAUACAGCUGGCAAGACUGUGGGGUUACAAGAGUUUGAACAUUGUGCGAAGGCGCGAGCAAGGCAUGGCUGAGCUGAAGAAGGACCUGAAGAGUCUUGGCGCAGACGCAGUAGUCACGGAUGAGGAGGUCGAGUCGAAAGGCUUCCGAGAUCAGGUCAAAGAACUCACAAACGGUGGUCGUGAACCCAUCCGCCUAGGCCUCAACUGCGUAGGCGGCUCCCUCGUCAACAGCAUGGCCAAGCAUCUCGCACCGAGCGCUCAUAUGGUGACCUACGGCGCCAUGAGCAAGCAGCCCGUCUCCCUGCCGACAGGUUUACUUAUCUUCAAGGACAUCCACUUCGAUGGAUUCUGGGUGAGCAAGUGGAGCAAUGAGAAUCCAGAGCAGAAGGAGGCUUGUGUGAGCGAGGUGUUGGAUCUGACGAGGCAGGGGAAGUUCAAGGAUGUGCCGAUGCAGCCGGUGACGUGGGACUAUGAUACGAAGCAGGACGAGCUUGUGCAGGCGGUACAGGGCACGCUUGAGGGGUUUAGGAGUGGGAAGGGAAUUUUUGUGUUUGGGAAGACGUGA